UCCUGUUUUUUGAGGAAACUAUGACUCAAUUUCAAGUAAAGUGAGAAAAAGAACCCACUUUCACUGUCAAUCUAAGAGGCAGCUGAAGAGUAAAAUAUGUCCCAGGCGGUACUGUUCAUCAGCCUUCUGUUGGUGCAGAUCACAACCCAGAGUCGUCCCGUAGAAGUUCUAAAAAAUUGCAACGAUGAUGUUACACUUGAAUGUCCAGUUUUCAGCAGCAUGGAUUUUUACUCGCUGACAUGGUACAAGGACAGCAUACCUAUUAUCAGGAAGCGAAAGCGUGAAACACAGUCCUCCAGCUUCUCUCGGGAUGCAGAGUUCGGAGAGAAUCUCGGUCUAUUUUUGCCGAAAGUGAAGCCUGCAGAUUCAGGCACAUACAAAUGUGACAUCAAAGCAAAUGUUGGACAACGAAACAAGGAAGGCCAUGUCAACCUAACCAUUACCGAGUGUGUGACCCAGAUUGAGCCAACCACAAUGGCAACAACAGUGAACUCAACCUGGUCCAGCCUGCCUUUACAACUUAAAGAGUUUCCAUUUAAGUGGAGCGUAACAGGCUACUUAUCAGUGGCCAUUGCAAAAAUUCUUCUGUCUUUGAUCAGCAUUCAGAUCCUUCGAAUCCUGUCAGCGAGACGUCAGAAGAAUAGAUUAUGCAGCUAACAGAAGAAUUCCCAUGGAAACAGCUAAGAAAAUACGUGUGUAGAUGCAUUUUGUUCAUUUGUUUUUGUUUUUUAUUAAUUUUUGUGUUUUUUUAAUGCUCCUGCUUUGUAAAGGUGUGUAACUGUGUGUUACCAUAUCACUGUUUGUUUUAUUGUUCUGCAAGAAGGUCAACAGGAACACACAUGACAGGAUGUCAGGUCUCUCAUUUAUAGAAACAGAAACCAUGCCCUUAUAGACACAUAUACAUACAUUAUUAACCAUAUCCAACAUGUAGACAAUGUAAAUAAAAUUUCCAUCAUA